AUGUUGCUUUUUGUUGAUAAAGGUCCGCUCGUAUCAGAUGUUGGCAAAAGUUUGGUUCUCAUGCUGCUUAUUGUUGAAGGUCCUGUACUAGACGAUGCUACUAAUGGUUUUGCACUUGAGGUGUCCAUCGUUGCUGGCCCUGCGGUAGCAAAUGCUACUGAGGGUUCUGUAUUUACGCUGUUCAUUUUUGAAGCGUCAGUUGUAGAUGAUGGUACCGAGGGCCCUGAGCUUAAAGUGCUCAUAUUUAAGGGCCCUGUUGCAGCUGAUGUUACUGAUGUAUUCAUGUGUAUAGCUAGUUCUGUUUUUGUCGUUGCUGUAGAAGAUGCUAUUGGUAGGCUUGUAUUCAUGGUGCUUAAUGUUGGAUGCCCCGCCGUAGAUAUUUCUACCGAUGGGAGGCCUGAAAUUUUAACGAACACAAAAAAGGAUACUUCUUUUUCCCUGCUAUAG